AUGCAGCUGGAUAAUGUCACCAAUGCGGGCAUCCACUCCUUCCAGGGGCACCGUGGAGUGGCCAACAAGCCCAAUGUGAUCUUACAGAUAGGGAAAUGCAGGGCGGAAAUGUUGGAGCACGUCAGGAGGACCCACCGGCACCUCCUGUCUGAGGUCUCCAAGCAGGUGGAGCGUGAGCUGAAGGGCUUGCAGAAAUCGGUGGGGAAGUUAGAGAACAACUUAGAGGACCACGUCCCAACCGAUAAUCAGAGAUGGAAGAAGUCCAUCAAGGCCUGCCUGGCCAGGUGCCAGGAGACCAUCGCCCAUCUGGAGAGAUGGGUCAAGAGAGAGAUGAAUGUUUGGAAGGAGGUCUUUUUCCGUCUGGAGAAGUGGGCAGACCGCCUGGAGUCCAUGGGGGGCAAAUAUUGCCCUGGGGAACACGGCAAGCAGACUGUGUCCGUUGGGGUGGGAGGCCCAGAGAUAAGGCCAAGCGAGGGGGAGAUUUAUGACUAUGCCCUUGAUAUGAGCCAAAUGUAUGCUCUGACCCCUCCUCCUGGGGAGGUGCCCAGCAUCCCCCAGGCCCACGAUUCCUACCAGUGGGUCUCCGUGUCGGAGGAUGCUCCAGCCUCCCCAGUGGAGACCCAGGUCUUUGAGGAUCCCCGGGAGUUUUUGAGCCACUUGGAGGAAUACUUAAAGCAGGUGGGUGGGACAGAGGAGUACUGGCUCUCUCAGAUCCAGAACCACAUGAACGGCCCAGCUAAAAAGUGGUGGGAAUACAAACAGGACUCUGUCAAGAACUGGGUUGAGUUCAAGAAGGAGUUCCUGCAGUACAGCGAGGGGACUCUGACUAGGGAUGCUAUCAAAAGGGAGCUGGAUCUACCCCAGAAAGAGGGCGAGCCCCUGGACCAGUUCCUCUGGCGCAAGAGAGACUUGUACCAGACCCUGUAUGUUGAUGCUGAUGAGGAGGAGAUUAUCCAGUACGUGGUAGGCACCCUCCAGCCCAAACUGAAGCGCUUCUUGAGUUACCCCUUGCCCAAGACCUUAGAGCAGCUGAUCCAAAGAGGGAAGGAAGUCCAAGGCAACAUGGACCACUCCGACGAGCCUAGCCCACAGAGGACCCCCGAAAUUCAGUCAGGGGACUCUGUUGAGAGCAUGCCUCCCUCAACCACCGCCAGCCCCGUGCCCAGCAAUGGGACACAACCCGAGCCCCCUAGCCCUCCAGCUACUGUCAUAUGA